AUGGAUCCAUUUGGAUUUGAUAAGAAUGAUAUUUUUCAAGAUUGGACAGGCCUUAACUUUCGUCACACCCUUUAUCCGUUGUACAAAAGCCAUCGUCCUCCUACACCUGAUACCAUUGUUCAGGGACUUCAAUAUCUGAAAGCAUCCAUCAAGGCUAUGUCUGUUAAAGUGAUUGAGGUUCCAGGGGUUGAGGCUGAUGAUGUAAUUGGGACCCUGGCUUUGAGGAGUGUUGAUGCUGGAUUCAAGGUGCGAGUAGUCUCCCCAGACAAAGAUUUUUUUCAAAUCCUAUCUCCUUCGUUGCGCCUUUUGCGGAUUGCUCCUCGUGGAUUUGAGAUGGUUUCAUAUGGCAUGGAUGAUUUUGCUGAACAAUAUGGAUCGCUGACGCCUUCUCAGUUUGUUGAUGUUGUUGCCCUUGUUGGUGAUAAGUCUGACAACAUACCAGGAGUGGAUGGGAUUGGAGAUGUUCGUGCCGUGCAAUUAAUAACAAAAUUCGGUACAUUGGAGAACUUGUUGGAAUGUGUUGAGCAAGUCAGUGAGGAGAGAAUCAGGCAGGCCUUGAUAAUGAACACUGAACAAGCUAUCCUAAGCAAGAAUCUGGCAAUGCUACGUUGUGACCUGCCAUCGUAUAUGGUUCCUUUUGCAACAAAUGACCUCUUGUUUAAGAAGCCAGAGGAUGAUGGGGAGAAAUUCACAAGCCUCUUGACAGCAAUAAGUGCUUAUGCAGAAGGAUCCUCAGCAGAUUCUAUCAUCAGAAGAAUGAUUUAUUUGUGGAAGAAGCUUGAAAAGAAGCAAUUGAGAUGAUAGUCUUUAUUGAUCACUCUAACUGUUCUUAUUUGCUAAUGGAAGAUGUCUUUUGUGUACAUCCCGUUGUACAGAGUAAAUUGUUGCUCUCUUUGGAUCAUAGCUUGCUUGUAAUUUCGGGUUCCGGGCUAAACAAGAUUCAGUCAAUCACAUAUAUGGGAAACUUUACAAGUGAUCUGACUAAGCGAGGAUGGUAACAUAAAACAUGGACAGCGGAAGAAAAUAUGGCACCUGAUGUGGUCAUUUAAAAUCCAUUUUCGGGUCAAGCAAACAUCUUUUAGUCGAAUGUAUGGAGCGGUUGAAACUUGCUUCUUGUGCCUUCUAGUAUAUGCUGUGUAUGCUAACGUUUUGAUCUGCUAGUUUGAAUGAUAGAAAAGAAGAAAAAAUGUGGAUUAGUAUUUGAGAAGCAAAUGACUUGAUUUUGUCAAGUUGUUUUGCAUUCUGCGUCUAUCCUUGUAUUCGCGUGGGAAUUCCAGAUCUUUUACACUCAA